AUGGGAGCAUCAUGUGCCGGCGAGGCACGAGAGGAGCAGGAAAUUGGCGACAUUAUGAGCUUUAGUCCAGCACUUUGGAGAGCCAAAGUGGUGCCAAACUCGGGAGAUCUUGAGCCGCCGACGUUCCCCUCGCUGCUUGACAAUACUCUCCUCUUCCUUCCGCACUCGAGCGUCCAAGAGCUGGGCCUGGAGGCGAACAUGGAUGACAAAGGAGACCCCAGCAAGCAGAUGUGGUUUGGAAGAGUUUGGCACGUGCGGCAGUUGCUUCACAGGCGCUAUCAGGAGUUGCGGCAAAACCAACAGGUUCCGCAUGCUCAAAAAGAAGUUUUACAAGCCCGCUUCCACAACAAUGAGCAGUCUAUCAAAAUGCUCGUGAAGGUGCAAAUGCGCUGGAAGCUGGCAUUGAUCCGGAAGAGAAACAACUUCUCUUUCCUCUCGCGGCUCAAGUUUGCCAACCUGCGAGGCACACUCAUCUAUGCCCAUGGAUCUGGAGGAUGUAGCUGGGACAACAUGCGUAUCUGCCGCAUGAUCUGCCGCAUGGGCUUCUUGGUCAUCGCGCCGGAUGACUUCGCCUAUCCGCGGGGCACGGCCAUGGGUGCGCUCAGGCCCGGCACCCAUAGCGGCACCCGUUGCAAGCGGCGCUUCGCUGUAGCGUCUGCGGCGGUGCAUUUUGCUCUCAGGCACAAGGACCUGCAGCCCCUGCACUUGGCUUCAGAUGAUGUGGACUACUGGGCUCCGGACCUCAUCUACGCCUCGCAGGCUGGAGAAGCCUUACAAGAGCUUGGACUCCCGGGACCUUUCGCAAUCGGGGGCACGUAA